AUGACGAGCCCCGAGACUAUGCCUGAACGAUGGGCUGCGGCUUGGUCCAACAACGAUUCAGCCGCUUUCGCAAAGCUCUUUGCCCCACAGGCUGUGUACACCGACCACGCGUAUCAGCUUAUCAUAACCAAGAUAGAGAAUCACCACAGGGGCUGGCGGAGGGCCAACCCCAACUUUAAGGCUAUUCUCGACCCUUCGACGCCGAUCUGGUGGGCUAAGGACCAUUCCGAAAACGACAGAAAAAUGAGCUGCAGUUUCAGGACCAUCAUGACCGGGACGUUUUCAGAGUCGCUCCCAUCAAAGCCGGCAUCAGGCAAGGAUUGGUGCUUUUCAGCAAUGGUACAUUUAGCCAUGGAAGACGGGCUGAUUACACGGUGUGACGAGUUUUACCGAGAUAGUUUCGACAUGGGCGUCCCGAUUCGAACUCUGGGAUUCAAUAUGGAAGAAAUAGUUCUCAAAAGAAUUUGGAGGGGUGCGAACUUUUGUAUGGCCAUCUUCAUCAAAGUCUAUUAUAUGCGACGAAAUGCGCAGCGUGACAAGAUUUGGAAUGCCAUGAGCGCCGACGAGAAGGACCAUUACCUUGCUACAACCACCGAUGAAGGCAACAAGCGUCUCGAUUUCCGGUUCGCACACUGA